UUGCGUGAUGAGACCGCAGAAGAAGAGUAUAACAACCUGGACUCAGAAAUUAAGAACCAAGGGCCUUGGGAGACCCUUGUUAAAGAACUAUGUGAUAAAGUUUGUCCGCCACAUAGACAGAGCAACGAGUUAUUAGAACUCCAGAAUAUACGCCAAGGGGAACUUACUAUCGACGCAUAUGUUCAAAAACUGAGAAGAAAAGCAACAGCAGCCUUCACCGGCAAUGACCCUCUGAAAGAAAAGAUUCUGAAAUCAACAUUCCUCAGAGGACUGAAUAAGAAAAUAAGAAAAGAUGUCAUUAGAAGUGAGCCGACAACAUUCACAGAAGCUAUCAUUAAAGCUCAGAAAGAAGAAGCACUGUGGGCAGAGAGCAACGAUGACCUGCUCAUCAAUGCAGUGCAACAAGCUCUAAAAACUAUAUCUCUUGACCGGGACGAAGAAGAGAUAGAGCGAAGAGCUUUUGAGAGAGGAGUCCAAUACGAAAAAAACUGUGGGCGAGAGGAAGCUAUGAACGAUUCCUUCGUAAACUAUACCCAACAUCACAAUGGCAGGAGACCAUUUUACUCCAACCACGGUCGUAAUGAAUAUCCGCAAAGAACUGGUCAACAGUAUCCUCAACGGCGAUACUAUGACCAAAGAAGAGAACCGUACCGCAACGAACAACGAAAUCCUUUCAACUCCAGAAGAACAGAUUUCCAGCGCAGCCGUUCUCGACCCGGAGACAACAGAAGAGGAAGGGAUUUCUCCCGUCCAGAGCCACACGUACGAUUGAUAAAAUGGAAAACCAUUGUUGGCAUUGAGAUUCCUGGUGAACCCCUACAGUGUAAAACCAUUGUAGGGUUGCGACCUUUGUACAAUUUCUUGAAGAGUAUUGAUAAGGGAAAAUUGGGUUUCGAUACAUUCAUGCUUCUAUCUGACACUCUCAUGAUGUGGGAAAACAGUGUGCAACCAAAACUCCAAUCUGUUUAUGGAACGCGUUCAGCAUCACCAAUUGAAGAUAAUGCGAAAUGUAAUCUAUGUCUGACCGACAGACCGAAAACAACACCAGUAGAUAGGGAUUACUUUGCUAGUGUCAAUCAUGUUGUUGUGGAUUAUCAUUUCCAACAUCAAUACAUACCACCAGUUCAUCCGUUAUAUGAUGUUCGCUUCAUAACUGAUUUCGAUCAUGAUACUGAAAAAUUAGAAUAUUUGAUGAUUUUAAGUAAAAUGAAAUUUCAUAAAUUUUCCAUCUUGCCCGAAGCUUUUUUAGAGAGAAAUGAGUUCUUAAUUGACUUGUUUGAGAGAAUGCAAUCAUUAGCUGAAAUCACAAAAGAUUUUGUUCAAAGAAAAGUUCUCGAACGAUAUAAAUACUUGCCCUUAUUUUUCUAUGAAGACGAUAUGAAUUUAGAGAAUAAAUGUGUUGUAGAUUUUAUGCAUCUCGCUAUCAUAGUUAAGUAUUAUCAUCUUCUGCAACGUUAUCCACCGCAUCUUAGGGAGAAUGUAUUAUCAAAAAGAGAUAAUAUGCUUCAAGGAGUUGCAAAGAAGAAACGAAAUAAUAAUUCUGGUAGAGGAUUAGUUUUCUAUGAAUGGUUCUUAACACUUAUGAAGAGAUAUACUACGCAUAAUGAGAAAAUUCGAAAUGAUGAGCAUAAUUCUAAAAAGAAAUGCCCGUUACCUGCAUUCUUACCAUUCAUCGGCAUUGAAAGGAAUGCUGAGUUUUUCGCUGCACUUACCGGUUAUGGAAUUCGUCAUAAUGCUGUAUCUGAUACAAGUUCAACGACAACAGAAUCAUCGGUAGAGCAAAGUGAUUGCGAAACGGAAGGAUCUGAAGUUGUGGAUACGUUCGAAUACAGUGCACCAAGCGAUUUCAUCCUAGACACUUCCGAACACGAAUCUCAUCGAAAUGAUCUUCGUGCUAGUCUAGAGAAUUAUAAAGCAAGGGAUGAGAUUUUUCGAGUUCAAAUUCAGAAAACAUUAGAUGAUCUCGAGCCUUCGCAUAAUUUUUUGGUUGAAAAGCUGAAGCUAUUCACGAUGGAUCCGGACAGCUUUACCACUCCUGCUGAUCGAAGUGGCAUGAAUUCUAUCCAUGCACACGUACAUAUAUCUGAUCCACCCUCUCGUAUUAUGGAACGUGCAGAGAAGCCCGUUACUGAGAGGCCUCCUAUUUUGAAGAAAUAUCUCAGAAGCUGUCAAGAUUCUUUUGUUCAAAAGUAUGCUGAACGUCUUGCUUUAGUUUACCGAUUAAGGAAAGAACAGGAAGAGAAAGAGCAAGCGAAAACUGGCGAAGAGGGUGGAGAGUUUGAGGAAAGAGAGAUCCAAUAA